AUCGCUCUCGGUGCGUGCAUGCGUCCGUGCGUGUGUGUCAACUAGUUGUUAGCUAGCGCUAGCUACCCAGUUAGCUAGCUUGUUGAAACAUUUUAACAUAGACACCGUUAAUGCCAAGAAACAGCUGUCGUUCAUCAUGAGAGAGGACUACCGCACCCGCUGCACGUCUGUCAACCUUUAAUGCCAAAGAGGAUGAUGGACUCUCAGAGAACAAUGAUAAGUUAGCCAACGCCAACAAAAAGUGAAGCUACAGUUUUUGAACAGGCGAUUGCCUAGCUCGCUAGCAUCCUGAGAAGGAAAGCUCUGAGAUUUUGCAAGGACUGGAUGCGGAAGGAGGAUAUGAGGCAAGCUGGAGAGCUAAUGCUAAUUAUAAGCUAUGCUGGGAUCCAAAUGUGGAAAACAUUUCACUAUGAAUGUUUUUUCAUACAUUCAGUGGGUUACCAAUGUGCCAAAAAGUCACUCUCCUGAUUACCCAACAAGGAUUAGGCUAGAGUGUGGCAACGUCGGUGCAGGGAGAGAGCACAUACUGGCACAAGAAUAUGCAACGACUCUUGACCUCAACUGAAGUAUACAUAUCCAAGACACAGAACUAUUGUCCUUGAUGAAACAGUCUUGGUUAACCUGCCAUGCCCAAUGGAAGUGCCAUCAUAGACACAAGAUACUGUGGCUUGAACUGCUGCACGGUGUUUUGAGCUACAGCCCUGGAGGAAGCAUUCCAGCUUUUGGUUGAACCUGAAGGUGGAGAUGGGUUCCCAAGCUCUUCAGAUAUUGCGGCAGGGUGUGUGGGCUUCACUCACAGGAGGCUGGUAUGUGGACCCCCAUCAGAGCACGUUCUCUAACUGCUUCCACCUCUACCUUUGGAUAUUUCUCCUGGCCUUCCCCUUUCUGCUGUACAUGGCUCUUCCUCCUAGCUUAGUGGUAGCAGGCUUGUACUCUGCAGUGGUGGCCGUCUUUUUCACAGCCAUUAAGGUGGUGAACUACCGGCUUCAUACUAUGUUUGACCUUGGGGAGAUAGUAGAGAAGAAGCAAGCCUCACUCACAGCUGACACCCCAAAGACAGAAGAAGGAGAUGAAGGUUCUAGUGCCCAUGAUGGGAAUCAGUGCAGAGAUAGUCAUGUUGGUGUAGAGAUGACUGUGUUUCGGAAGGUCAACUCAACACCCCCAGUGCGCUGUAGCUCCCAGCACUCUCUGUUUGGAUUGAACCAGGUGUCGGAGUUCUUGCCUCAGCUGGAGGAUACAGGGGGCACUAAGGAUAUCAGAGAGCUAAUGCGGGAACAAGGAAGCAAUAAUGUGAUUGUUACGUCAGCUCACCGUGAUAUCCUACGCCAGUGUUCCCAGGACACCAUUAGGGCACCCAGUGUGGUCUCGUCCUGCAUUGCUGCUGCUCUGGGAGGGGAUUUCCAAGCUCUCAUGGGAGUAUCUGGAGUAUCAGCUGGAUUUGGAGAACCCGGAGUCUGCUUGUCUAUCCCCCCUUCACCCUCCAGUCAAGAAGAUGGAGGCGAGAAAGAACAGUUGCAGGAAGUAGAGGAGUUACCAGAACAGCUGUCUCAGCAGAGUCCUGAGGACAAUGGGUUGGGGGCUUAUUCUCCCCUUGGCCCCUCUGCUGAAUCUGAGAGUCUGGGAGAUACUCCCCUUAGCCCGCUUAUAAAGAGCAGCUUAAGUGAGGAGCUGAGUGAAAAUCUCCUGGGUUUGGGCCUUGACCCUGUGGCAUUUGCACCUGGGACUGAGCACCCAGGCAGCCGCAGUGGGGUAGCACUAGCUGCCGGAUCCACGGACAGCUGUUUCAGUGCAGGUGGAGCCACCACAGACCGUGAGACGCUAAGCACUGUUAGCAGUUACCGUAGUGAAAAAACUGAUUCCACUCAGCUGGAAAGUCCUUCGUUCAGCCAGCCACGGCCUGCAGAUGGACAGGCUUCUGCCUCAGCACCAGCGACAGGCUCCAACAUCCCUGGGCCCACAGAGGAUCCAGCAGGACAGGGUGGCAGUGAUACUGACAACCUGUCAGACAGUGUGCUGCUGCGCUCCCCUUCCAGAGAAUUCUCCCUCAGCCAGGGCCUUGACAGGACACUUGUUGAAGGAGAGGAUUUGCCUCCUAUACCCUGUGCGCAUAUUGCACAGCCCCCUCCACUCCAGAACUCCUCCCCUUCAAGUAGUGGCCACUCAGAGGUUUGUGAUUUAGACAGAAAUGUCCCAGUCCCUCCUCUACCCCCGCCUCGGCAGGCCAAUUCAGUGCCCUCAGGGCUGGCCCUGGGUCUAGUGUGUUCUGAGCCUGCUUUGCCCAUAUCCUCUACCCCCUUUUUACUGUCUGACCAGCCUGCUCUGCAAGCCCAGCAGGUUGUGCGCCCUAAAGACUUGAAGCUGCUGCGGGCCAGUGGCAGUAGUGUUGGGCACAGGCCGGGCCGAAGGAAAGCUCCACGAAGGCGAGCUGGAGCAGGAAGCAGUAGUUUUGACUGUGGCUCUUACAGGCGUCACCACAAUCAUAGACAACACAGAGAUUACAUCCCAGUGCGCAACCGACUGGGCGCCAAGGCUUACAGUGAAAGUUUGUUUGAGGAUUCCAGCGACGAGGAUGAUGGCAGUGACAUGAGCGCUGGCUCUAGCCUGGGCUCUCAGCGCCGAUACAGCUCAGAUGAUGAUGAUGAUGACGAUGACGACGACUCAAGUUCCUCUACCUCCUGCUACUCCCCGGACCUCGCUAACACUGGCAUUACAUCCCCACUCCCCUCUGCUGCUCAACUGCCUACUCCAAGGGAGGGGGAUUUACCUGAAACUGCUGGCCCCUCACAUUCUCGUGCUGCUCAGCGCUCUUCUAGCACGGCAAGUGCUAAGACUCAUGCAAGAGUGCUAAGUAUGGAUGGGGCAGGUGGAGGCCAGAGCAACACAGCGGCUUUGCCUUCUACUCUGCUUACAAUGCCCUCCACCUCCACCCCUGCACCUCGCACUCUCACCAUCUCUAAGUCUGAUUUGGAAGCCCACACUAUACAUACUGACGGCUUUCCUGGAACUCAUCACCAUCGGCUGGAUUCUCUUGGAGGCUCUUGGACUGGCAACCAAAUGGGCUGGAGGGCAGAAGAGCUGGUUGAAGAGGGAGCUGUGGGAGGAGCCAUGGCUCCAGAGGAUGGUGACAAACAUGACUCAGUCAGCAGUGUUAAGAGGACCCAGGCCAUCCGCAGGAGACACAAUGCUGGGAGCAACCCUACACCACCCCCGUCCACCAUGGGAUCCCCUCCCAGCCUUCAGGAUCUCCAGCGGGCUCGGACCUCCUCUCAUUCACGGACCCGCACACUUCCCUCAGCCUUACAGUUUGCCUCCUCACUCCUACUGCCCCGCAGUGGCAUCCAUGAGGCCUCCACCUUCGACGACACAUCAGAGGGGGCAGUGCACUAUUUCUUUGACGAGAGUGGAGUGAAGAGGUCCUACACAUUUGGACCUGCUGGAGGCGGUUAUGAGGACCCAGUUCAGGAAAGGGAGAGACAGUCCCAGUCCUCAAGCUUCACCUCCACAGAGGUCCAGGAAGGGGCACCAGUCCUGUCCAUGCUCCAGCCCAGACCUGUGGUUUUACAGGGCAUGCAGGUGCGCAGGGUGCCUCUGGAAAUGCCUGAGUUUGAUCUGGAUCACGAGUCUCUACAAGAGUCCCAGGAAAACACUCUGAUGAUUGAGGAGAAAGCCAAACCCAAACAGUACUAUCGCUUUUGGGUGCUGCCGGGGAAGUGGCUAAGGGUUCGAUAUGAUCGAUUGGCUCUUCUGGCCUUAUUGGACAGGAACCGCCGUGUGGGAGAGAACGUGUUUGCUGUGGUGCUGGCCAGUCUGGUGGCCUUCUUGGGGUUCCUACUGCUGCUCCAUGGCUUUUUCAGGGACAUCUGGGUUUUCCAGUUCUGCCUGGUCAUUGCUAGCUGCCAGUACUCUUUACUGAAGAGUGUACAACCAGAUGCAGCUUCUCCCAUGCACGGCCAUAACUGGAUCAUUGUGUACAGUCGGCCGGUCUACUUCUGCUUGUGCUGUGUGAUGAUCUGGAUCUUUGACCUAUCUGGGCGCUCUGGCAGCCUGCAACCCGUCUCCCUCUAUGGUGUCACCUUCUUCUCUGCACACUUUCUGCUCUGUGUCAGGGAUAUGCUCGUUGUGUUUGCCUUGUGUUUCCCGGUCAUUUUCCUGUUUGGGUUGCUACCUCAGGUCAACACUUUUGUGAUGUGUCUGCUGGAGCAGAUCGACAUGCACAUUUUUGGUGGAACUGCCACUACCAGCCCCCUCUCAUCUCUGUUCAGCCUCAUACGCAGCAUGUUGGUGGCUGCUCUGCUGUAUGGAUUUUGCCUCGGUGCUAUCAACGCACCAUGGGGGGAUGCCCAUGUGCCAGUACUGUUCUCUGUGUUUUGUGGCCUACUCCUGGCCUUAUCCUACCACCUCAGCCGCCAAAGCAGCGAUCCCACCAUCCUGUGGUCACUGGUCCGGUCUAAAUUAUUCCCAGAGUUGGAGAACCGAACACCUGAAGAACCCCCAGUGGAGAUCAAAGAUCCUCUUCCUGAGAAGCUGCGUAACUCUGUGAAAGAGAUCCUUCAUUCAGACCUUGUCAUGUGUCCCCUCAUGGCUGUGAUUACCUUCGCCAUCAGUGCCAGCACAGUUUUCAUCGCUCUUCAACCUGCUCUUAGCUUUGUCUUGUACAUCUUGGCCGGAGUUGUAGGCUUCAUUACACACUAUCUCCUGCCUCAGCUCCGCAAGCAGCUGCCAUGGUUCUGCCUAGCUCACCCUGUGCUCCGCUCCAGAGAGUACAGUCAGUUUGAGGUCCGAGAUGCUGCUCAGUUGAUGUGGUUUGAGAAGCUGUAUGCGUGGCUUCAGUGUGUGGAGAAAUAUUUCAUCUACCCGGCUGUGGUGCUUAACUCCCUAACGACAGAAGCUCGAACUGUUGGCCAGAACCAUAAAGAGCUGGACAUCUACAGCCGAGCUCUCUUCAUCUCAGUAGCAGGCAUGAAGUUGCUGCGUUCGUCCUUCUGUGCCCCAUCUCAGCAGUACGUCACGCUGUGCUUCACCACGCUCUUCUUCCACUUUGACUAUCCACACUUCUCGGAGACCUUCCUGAUCGACUACUACUUCAUGUCUAUUCUCUUCAGCAAGAUGUGGGACCUGCUGUACAAGCUGCGCUUCGUGUUGACUUACAUCGCACCCUGGCAGAUCACCUGGGGCUCAGCUUUCCACGCCUUCGCUCAACCCUUUGCCGUGCCCCACUCUGCUGUGCUUUUUGUCCAGGCCAUCUUCUCUGCCAUCUUCUCCACCCCUCUCAAUCCUGUCCUAGGCAGUGCUGUGUUUGUCACCUCAUACACCAGACCUGUAAAAUUCUGGGAGCGAGACUACAACACCAAGCGUGUCGAUCAUUCCAACACCAGACUUGCCACUCAGUUAGACCGCAACCCAGGUGCCGAUGACAACAAUCUGAACUCCAUUUUCUACGAGCACCUGACGCGCUCUCUGCAGCACAGCCUGUGUGGGGACCUGCUGCUCGGCCGCUGGGGCAACUACACCACAGGCGACUGCUUCAUCCUCGCCUCAGACUACCUCAACGCUCUGGUGCACAUCAUCGAGAUCGGCAACGGGCUGGUCACCUUCCAGCUGAGGGGUCUAGAGUUCAGAGGUACCUACUGUCAGCAGAGGGAGGUAGAGGCCAUCACUGAGGGGGUAGAGGAGGACGAGGGCUGCUGCUGCUGUGAACCUGGUCACCUUCCCCACAUGUUGUCAUUCAAUGCUGCCUUUGGACAGCGCUGGCUGGCCUGGGAGGUGGCCGCCACCAAGUAUGUACUAGAGGGCUACAGCAUCAGCGACAACAACGCAGCCUCCAUGUUGCAAGUAUUCGACCUCCGUAAAAUCCUCAUCACAUACUAUGUCAAGAGCAUCAUCUACUAUGUGAGUCGAUCCUCUAAGCUGGAAGAGUGGCUGACCAAUGAGACGAUUCAGGAGGCUCUACGGCCUUGUCUUGGGCCCAACUAUGUAGACAGUGACCCCACCUUCAACCUGAACAUCGAUGAGGACUAUGACCACAGGGCCUCCGGCAUUACCCCCUCGUCAUUCUGCAUGGUUUACCUGGACUGGAUUCAGUAUUGUAACAGCAGGCGUCAAACGCCGGUGACUUGUGAAAGAGAUUCUCCACUUGUCAACCUCUGUUUUGGGCUGUGUAUCCUGGGAAGAAGAGCUCUGGGCACGGCCUCCCACAGCAUGUCUGCAAGCUUGGAGCCGUUUCUGUAUGGCCUCCAUGCGCUCUUCAAGGGAGACUUUCGCAUCACGUCUCCCAGGGAUGAAUGGGUGUUUGCAGAUAUGGACCUGCUGAAUCGAGUCGUGGCACCAGGAGUGCGGAUGUCCCUCAAAUUGCAUCAGGACCACUUUACAUCUCCAGAUGAGUAUGAGGAUCCUAUGGUUCUGUACGACGCCAUUACUGCCAACGAGGAGAAAAUGUUGAUAUCUCAUGAGGGUGACCCCGUGUGGCGCAGCGCUAUUCUAGCAAACAUGCCUUCACUGCUGGCUCUGCGCCACAUCAUGGAUGACGGCAGCGACGAAUACAAGAUCAUCAUGCUUAACAAGAGGUUCCUCAGCUUCAGAGUCAUCAAGGUGAACAGAGAGUGCGUGCGUGGGCUGUGGGCGGGACAACAGCAGGAGCUGGUUUUCCUGCGCAAUCGUAACCCAGAGCGUGGCAGCAUUCAAAACGCCAAACAGGCCCUGAGGAAUAUGAUUAACUCCUCAUGUGACCAGCCCAUCGGCUACCCCAUCUACGUGUCCCCCCUCACCACCUCAUACGCUGGGGGGCACAGCCAGCUUCGGUCUGUGUGGGGAGGACCUGUCAGCCCACACAACAUUUACACCUGGCUCAUCAGCAGCUGGGACAGGUUACAGAAGGGGUGUGGUGCUGGCUGUAACAGCGGAGGAAACAUUGAGGACUCGGACUGUGGAGGCGGCUCCACCUCCAUCUCCACCAACCCAGCCAUUCACACCACCCAGAGUACACCAGCCUCCAGCCUUCCCCAGCCGCACAUCACCACUGUGCAGCCGUCCAUGGGUACAGACAACCCUGUGGGUCCAACCCAGAGCUGGCCUCACCACCCUCAACCUCUCCCAUUAGCCCUGCUCAGCCAAUCAGAGGGCAGGAUGGAGGCAGGACUGCUCACGUCCUUACAGCGUACAUCCUCCAUCCAGGGGCUCCUGGGCCAGCAGCUGUCCAGCUCCCAGCUCUCCUUCAGCGGCUCUGUGGCUCCACCUCCUCUGCCAGGCCCAGAGCGCUUCUGCCCGGCGAGUCUCCUGGAGAACUCAGGGCAUCGGUCAGGCCAGCGGGCUGGCCUCGGCCAGGGCAGCGGACUACACUAUGAGAGCCACUUUGGGAAGUGGAGUUUUUCAGGCAGGAAGGGCUUUAACGGACCAGCUGCAGUGGAGGGGGAAGGAGUAACAGUACAGACCAUACGCACACAGCCUACUCCCCCUGCACCCCUACAAGAGGCCAGUCUGACACUGGAUCCUCUGGGAGCCACUCAGACGAUGGAUCCAAUCCUACUGACUGCAGGGGACCCCCCCACCCCCCGAGAGGAAUCCACAGAGCUGCCUUUACUUAAGAACCUGCGUUGAGUCUGCACUGGGAGACCCCGAGUGACAUUCUCUGCAGUGAAAGCACAGGUCAGAUCUGGGCCGGGCCGGACCAGACUCAUUCCAGCCUUCGGGACUCAUUCCAUCAAUCCUCGUUUGACUUACUCAGUGCAACUGCGAUUUGUAAAUCCUCUAAUGGCCCACUGCAAUACUGGAUAAAUUUGGUUAUACACAGACCACCCCUCUCCUCCUCAGCCAAAGGAGUUAAACAUCUGAUAGCAUGCUGAGCUGAUGCACGUCAGAUCAAAAAAUUAUUUCCACCAACCUGUUUAUUCCAAAGUCAGCUUUCAUCAUGACUCAUAAGGCCUGAUGAUAUACUUAUUCGUAACUUUUUUUUUUCUGACAAAGGCACUCAGUGUCUCUAUGGACGACCUUUUGGUUGGAACAGUAGUGAAAGGCCAGUGCAAUUAUAAGGGAUAUUUUGCUUGAGGAUUGAUUAUUUUUCUAUACUGGAGAAUAGAGGAUCGCCUCUGACUUUCUCUCACUUGACAUCUGCAGCAGCAGUUGUUUUUUUUGUUGUUUUUUUUGCAUAACCAGUUUAAAAAAAAAAGAUCCUGCAUUAUGUUGCUGUAUGUGCAGGUGAAGGAUAUGUGGAAACCAUUAUAAGCCUUGUUUUGUUUUUCCCCAUUUUACAAUCCUCACGGACCUACAGUUGUGUGUCAAACAAUAUUUAACAGUACAUGUUGACCAAUUUCAGGAGCCUCCACUUCUUCUUCCCUACACAUUAUACAUAUUAAACAAGAAAAAAAAAACACAUCCCACCAAAAUUGUCAUCUUUGUCCUCUGGCCUAUUUCCUACAGAGGUGCCUGACAACAUCAACACUCAACAGUUCUGUCUUGGAGCAGGUUUCAGGGAAAAAAAACAAAACAACUCCCUUCCAUCCCAGCCAACACGUGGUGCUUUUACCGCUAGUUUACAGUCUAUUUAGGCCUGGACACGAGUCCUGAAUCUGACUAGCAACACAGAGAUGUGGGAUGACUUCCAACAGAGCUGGUGUCCAUGGAUCAGCAUCAAGCGAAGGGUGAAUCCAAUCUGUGAAAAUUGUGUUGAUCACAAACCUACAAACUGGGAGUGUUAGAAACUGAAAGCCUUUUUUUUAAUGAGUGGAAUGUCCUUUUUUUGUUUUUACUUGAAAUCACAAGUUCCUCAGUGGUGCACUGAGUUUGUUUUCUUUGGAUGGCCGAUCAAUGACGUCCUCUCUGAUCAGAUCCACUCAGCUCUUGACUUUCUCAAUAGCAGGGGAGCUCUGUUUUCUUUGCCUGCAGUAUGGGCCCUCCUGUUACUAUACUACUGCUUCUGCAUCUCCUGCUACUACUAAUAUACCCACUACUACUGCUGUUUCUACAACAGUUAAAUCCAGCGUUUUAGUUGGAAAUACACAAAGUUGAAUAAAUACUGAAAUCAAAGGUAGAAUAUUUAUUUGAUUAAUAUUGUCUUACAGAUAUCUUUAACGGGGUUUGUCAAUAUGGUGUGCUGAUGUAUCAAAUUGGAAAUCUGCCUUCUGUCAACUGUACCCACCACCACCCCACACCUCUCCCUCAGUUUAUUUGGUGUUGUCACAUUUGUAUCAUCUCACCAAUGGCUGUCUUUUUUCUUUUUUUUUUCUUUUUUAAGUGUGUAACAUAACUGGAAGUAUUCUUGAGAAGUCACUUUAACUUGAUUUCUUUCCCACUCUUGCACUCCUUGUGUUUCACCAGUGUGAAACACCGAUUUAGGGUUAAAGUUAAUUCUGCAACACGAAAAAGAAGCUGGCAGUCCGACCAAAUUCAGCCCCAAAUAUUUCCCGAGGUCCAGUGGUUUUGUCCCCAUGUGUCCAGGCGUCUGCAGUGGUUGAAUGAUUCUGAAAUAACCUUGCGCUAUAGCAUUAAUUGUUGUACCCUAAGACUGCCUCGUAUGCUAGUUUUCUUACCAAAUAAUCUCUCAGAAGCUGUGUUCCCCUGUAGGAAACUUGAAAGGAGGCCAGCGUUCUCAGGGUCUAUAAAGGAAAGAAAUUGACUUCUUCUGCAGGAAGACUUUUUGUCCAAAGAGAGAAAACAGAAAAGGGGAUAAGUGUCACUGUUAUGAGGCAGGUUGAAUACUGGCUCACACGGACAUUACAAAAGAUGCCCCCUUUUACAGUGUUUUACUCUCUCUGGAUAAAAAUAUGUUCUGCAUGCUGUUAAUGCCACAUAUUUGUUGAAUCACUGUCUUUGUGGCGCUGUUUUUUCCCCCCUACGUUCAGCUCGUUACAUCUUUUUUACAAGGGACACACACACACACACACACACAGUACAAAGCUUUUUAAAAUCUUUUUAGCAGCCCUGAGAUUUUUCUGUCAGUCUCGGCUGUGAAGAAGCUGCAACAGGUGAAAAGUGCAUCAGUAUCCCUCUCAAAACACGUUAGUAACUCCCUCGACUCAGGAAAAACAGAGACUUUCUGAUCAGUGCUGUUUUCUGUUUUUCUUUUCUCCUCAUUUAUCUUGUAUCCAAAGCAACAGGGAGUAAUAUUGUUUUGUUUUGUUUUUUAUUUGCUGGGAGUGAGGAAAGCACAAGUUCACAGACAAACCUGGGUGUCAAUAAAAAGGGAUUUCUUAAUCUCUGAAAUUAUGUACAGCAUGUUUCGUAUAUAAAUAUAUAUUUAAAAUAUAAAUCUAUUUUAUUAUUAUUGGAUUUUGGGUUCUUUUACAUUUAAGACACUAUGUUGAGGUUUAGGGGAGGGACUCUUGUGUUUACCCAGCAGAGGGGAGAGCUGAGUGGAGAGGCACUCUUCACAUUGAAAUGUGCAGUUUGGGAAGACUUAAUUAAUACUUCUUUUGCACAAAAAUGUAUCAUACACCAUCCCACUUUGUUAUCGUUUUUAUUAUUUUAGUUAUUUUGGGAGAGGGGUCUUUUAUUUAAGAACUUUAAGUCGAUGUUCAAUGUUCUGUACAGUUUUUUAUGUGAUUUUUUUUUCUCUCCUAUUUAAAUUAAAGGUUUUUGUGUCUUCAUUUGCAAAUCAA